UUGAAACUGGAAAUCAAAGCUGAGCUAGAAAACGUCACAGAUCUCGCCCCUUCUGGUGAUGAUUUCGAGUACUUUUUUAAAGUAGUCUGCAAUAGUUGUCACGAGGAGCACCCGAAGUACGUCACGUUGAAAAGAUUGGAAACACGAAAUAUCUCGAACAGUAGAGGCUCAGCUCACCUCGUUUGGCGUUGUGGUAAUUGUAAAAAGGAAAGCUCAGCCAGCUUUGUUGCUGAACCGUCAAAACCAUACUCCGCUGAAUCAAAUGGACAAUUUUCCACCCUAUUGAAGAUGGAGUGUCGUGGGUUAGAGUUCACAGAUUUUGCUCCAAAAGGGCAAUGGACAUGCCGGGGAGAGACUGGCACCAAGUUCUCCGAUGUUGAUCUUGAAGAUGAUGACUGGGUCGACUAUGACGAGAAGGCUAAAGUCGAUGUUCGUAUUUCAAACAUUGAAAGCCAAUGGACCAGGGCGUGA